UUAAGAAUUUUCUGGAAAUUUGGAAUUAAUAAAGUUUGAAAAUCUGUUCACACUCGCUGCGCACACUUGGUUUUCCUCAGGGGCGCCGCUUAUCGACCGACAACACGUUGCGUCAGUCUUCCGUGGAAGCCCUCGCGAACGGGAUGCUGGAUCCCGGAAAAUUUCGGUGCCAUGUCCUUCUGUCCGGCGGCCUCGAACAGCCUUUCGUUGGGGGGCGUCUCAGACUGCCCCCUUUCCGCUACUUCAACUAGUAGAGUCCCCGUUAGUCGGCGACUUUUAAGCGCUUCCAUACAACAGGAGCCCCAAUUCGCCGUCCUUCCAUCGGCCUCCGUUUAUCAACCGAGCAGAAAACGCGAAGAGGCACAUGCUUUACAAAAUUUACGAAGACGCGUGCAAUCUUUAAGAAUUGUUCACGCUAAAACAGGGAGUGAAACUGCGAAAUCAAAUAAUGGGAAUGAUGGGGAAUUGCAACAGGAGGAGCUUGACAAUCGUCCGCAACUUUUACAUAAGAUUCUUUCUAACCGUCCAGUUAGCAUGGUUUUAGACAUUUCUGAUUUGCGAACAGCUUGGAAAGACAGCGAUUUUAUUACAGAUUGUCUUUGUUGGCACAAUGUGUACCGACAAAGACACACAUCUCCAGCACUUUCAAUGUCUUCUGAAUUGUGUCAUUUAGCACAAACUUGGGCAAAUCACUUGGCUCAUACGAAUCGUUUUUAUUACCGUAAUGAUAAAGAUAUUGGUCAGAAUUUAUUCUGUAGGCCAUCGACUCCGCUUCAAAACGACGUUUCCGGUACGGAAGUUGCUUCGUAUUGGUAUAGUGCCGUGAGACAGUACGAUUACGGAAAGGAACCCGAUGUUUUGCACGCCAAUGUAAAUGCGGGACACUUUACACAGUUAGUUUGGAGAAGUUCAAAAUAUUUUGGCGUUGGAAAAGCGAGAUCGAGAUCGGGAAAAGUGGUAGUGGUGGCGCAUUACGCCCCAGUUGGAAACAUAUCAGGUGCUUAUAAAUAUAACGUUUUGCCUCCGGUUGACGAAUAUCCGGCUUUGCCCGCCCCUCAAAAGCCGAGAUUAAUCCUAUCGACGGGAAGCACGGAAACGGAUUCAAGCGAAAAUACGACGACAACGAGUAGUAGUUGUAAGAGAUAGCAAUGAAAAGUUAGUACAAAAGAAAAUUGUAAAUUAAUAAGAAGGAAAAAGAAGAA